AGAGAAGAGCCGGGCCGAGGCGAAGGAAGGAAGCCGCAGAGCUCCUGGGUCUCGAGCUGCGUCUCCCCUCCAGCGCUCUUCUGCCUGCGCGCUCCGAGGCGGCGGUGGCGGCACCGAGCGCUCCUCGCUGGGGACUCGGCGCUCGAACUGGGAGCUGCGAGGACACCCUUGCGGCGGCUUCUAAGUGCCUGCUGGAGUUAGGAUGCCAGGGCGGUUGAUUCCCACCCACUGAACCCGGAGUUUCCUCCUCGGCCCUGGGAAGGGCUUGCAGCGGCGGCGGCGGCAGUAGCAGACGGAACAGCAGGCUUUCCUCUCCGAGGGGGGGCGUCGAAGCGCCAGCGCCGGGCUCCCGCCCUCACCCUCCGCCGCUCCUGCGGCCCCAAGCCGCCACCUCGGUGCCUGCCUCCUUCCUCUUCUCGCCGAGAGCCGCCCCUGGGAUCGGACCCGUGCGCCCCGGAUGCUGGGGCUGCCCUGGCGCGCCCCCCUCCCGGCGCGACGCGCUGAGUGAACCGGAGGGCGCUCGCGCUUGCCCCAAGAGGGGCCCCCAGACCUCGGGACCCCGCGCCGGACCCGCCGGGGAGACGACGAUGUCCGCGCAGCCCCCGGCUCUGACGCGCUCCACGCAGCGGGGGGAAGGCGGCCGGCCGCAGCUCGCGGAGCCCUAGGUGCACAAAGCCCAAGCCCGCCGACGACUUUGCCGCCUGCUUCUCGGCUCUUUGUCUCCGCUUGGUGCGAGCGCCGGACUCUGGGAUUUCGGUGCGAGAUCGGGCUGGGGGGGCCGGGGGCGAGCUCUCGGUUUCCCGGCCGCCCCCCGCUCGGGUUUGGCUCCCCCCUCCCCCGCACCUCCCCGGCCCGGGCUCUCUGCGCUUCCACGCUCUCGGAAUCACGACCCCUCCCUGCCAUGUAUCCGCAAGGCAGACAUCCGGCUCCCCAUCAACCAGGGCAGCCAGGAUUUAAAUUCACGGUGGCUGAGUCUUGUGACAGGAUCAAAGACGAAUUCCAGUUCCUUCAAGCUCAAUAUCACAGCCUCAAAGUGGAAUACGACAAGCUGGCGAACGAGAAGACGGAGAUGCAGCGCCAUUAUGUGAUGUACUACGAGAUGUCCUACGGUUUGAACAUUGAGAUGCAUAAGCAGACAGAGAUUGCGAAGAGGCUGAACACGAUUUUAGCACAGAUCAUGCCUUUCCUGUCACAAGAGCACCAGCAGCAGGUGGCGCAGGCGGUGGAGCGAGCCAAGCAGGUCACCAUGACAGAGCUGAACGCCAUCAUCGGGGUACGUGGACUCCCCAGUCUGCCUCUCACCCAACAGCAGCUCCAGGCGCAGCACCUCUCCCAUGCCACACACGGCCCCCCGGUCCAGCUGCCACCCCACCCGUCAGGCCUCCAGCCUCCAGGGAUCCCCCCAGUAACGGGGAGCAGCUCGGGGCUGCUGGCACUUGGUGCACUGGGCAGCCAGGCCCACCUGUCAGUGAAGGAUGAGAAGAACCACCAUGAGCUGGACCACAGAGAGAGAGAAUCCAGUGCGAAUAACUCAGUGUCGCCCUCGGAAAGCCUGCGAGCUAGUGAGAAGCACCGGGGAUCUGCGGACUACAGCAUGGAAGCCAAGAAGCGGAAAGCAGAGGAGAAGGACAGUUUAAGCCGAUACGAUAGUGACGGGGACAAGAGUGAUGAUCUAGUGGUGGACGUUUCCAAUGAGGACCCUGCGACACCCCGGGUCAGCCCGGCACAUUCCCCUCCUGAAAAUGGCCUGGACAAGGCCCGUGGCCUGAAGAAGGAUGCCCCCACCAGCCCUGCCUCGGUGGCCUCCUCCAGCAGCACGCCCUCCUCCAAGACCAAAGACCUUGGUCAUAAUGACAAAUCCUCCACCCCUGGACUCAAGUCCAACACGCCAACCCCGCGGAAUGAUGCCCCAACUCCUGGCACCAGCACGACCCCGGGGCUCCGGUCGAUGCCAGGCAAACCUCCAGGCAUGGACCCGAUAGGUAUAAUGGCCUCGGCCCUGCGCACGCCCAUCUCCAUCACCAGCUCCUACGCCGCACCCUUUGCCAUGAUGAGCCACCACGAGAUGAAUGGCUCCCUCACCAGCCCCGGUGCCUACGCGGGCCUCCACAACAUCCCGCCGCAGAUGAGCGCGGCUGCAGCCGCCGCCGCCGCCGCCUACGGCCGAUCGCCAAUGGUGAGCUUUGGAGCUGUUGGCUUUGACCCUCACCCCCCAAUGCGGGCCACAGGCCUGCCCUCAAGCCUCGCCUCCAUUCCUGGUGGAAAACCAGCCUACUCUUUCCAUGUGAGCGCUGAUGGGCAGAUGCAGCCUGUGCCCUUUCCCCACGACGCCCUGGCAGGCCCUGGCAUCCCCAGGCACGCCCGGCAGAUCAACACUCUCAGCCACGGGGAGGUGGUGUGUGCAGUGACCAUCAGCAACCCCACGCGCCACGUGUACACAGGAGGCAAGGGCUGCGUGAAGAUCUGGGACAUCAGCCAGCCGGGGAGCAAGAGCCCCAUCUCCCAGCUGGACUGCCUGAACAGGGACAACUACAUCCGCUCCUGCAAGCUGCUCCCCGACGGGCGCACGCUCAUCGUGGGCGGCGAGGCCAGCACGCUCACCAUCUGGGACCUGGCCUCGCCCACGCCCCGCAUCAAGGCUGAGCUGACGUCCUCGGCUCCGGCCUGCUACGCCCUGGCCAUCAGCCCUGACGCCAAAGUCUGCUUCUCCUGCUGCAGCGACGGCAACAUUGCCGUGUGGGACCUGCACAACCAGACGCUGGUCAGGCAGUUCCAGGGCCACACGGACGGGGCCAGCUGCAUAGACAUCUCGCAUGACGGCACCAAGCUGUGGACGGGAGGCCUGGACAACACUGUGCGCUCCUGGGACCUGCGGGAGGGCCGACAGCUGCAGCAGCACGACUUUACCUCCCAGAUCUUCUCGCUGGGUUACUGCCCCACCGGGGAGUGGCUGGCCGUGGGCAUGGAGAGCAGCAACGUGGAGGUGCUGCACCACACCAAGCCCGACAAGUACCAGCUGCACCUGCACGAGAGCUGCGUGCUGUCCCUCAAGUUCGCCUACUGCGGCAAGUGGUUUGUGAGCACUGGGAAAGAUAACCUUCUCAACGCCUGGAGGACUCCGUAUGGAGCCAGCAUAUUCCAGUCUAAGGAAUCCUCGUCAGUCUUGAGCUGUGACAUUUCGGCAGAUGACAAAUAUAUCGUAACAGGCUCUGGUGACAAGAAGGCCACGGUUUAUGAGGUCAUCUACUAAGCAAGGACUGUGACGGGGCUGUCAAGCUCUGGGAGACACAGACUCGGCUGUGCCAGGGAGACCCUGCAGACACGGAGGACGGGCAGCGAGUGGCCCAGCACUGCCCUCCGGCGGGCUGAGAGGGUGCGCCCGUCACGGUCGGGACUCCUGGGCAUGGACUCCUGUGUCUCACGGACUCCGAUGGAUUUCUCCCCUCCUCCUCCCGUAACGAUGCUGGCAGAGGCUGCACGUAGAUUUGGAGGCCCGUGGCUCCGGCUCUCCACAUACACCCUCAUGAAUCUCUUUCCUUCCCCUUUCUUCUGAUGUGUCCCCAUGCCCUGGCUCGGGGACACUGGAGUGUGGACCACACGUUUGUACCAGGGAGCAGGGGAGGGUUUCACGUUCCCGACUGUGCAGCGCACAAGGUUUGUGAAAAGUGUAAAUAACAGACUCCUAUCUUGGACUGGUCAGCGGGGGAGGAGGCCCCUUCCCAGUGGCAAUGCCAGCCAUGUAUUUCGCCUGCUGUAUUCGUAAUCCACUCG